AACCGCAGCUCCCACCACCACCACCAGCAGUCCAAGCUCGCCUCGUCGCAGAUCUGCUUCCGCCUCCCUGUUCCCAUCUCAGGCUCGGACGUCGCAAGCCCCACGCCAACUAGCUCCCUUCUCUAUGGCAUUGCCCCGCGCCGGCGCCGCGCUCUUCCUCCUGCCGCUCCUGCUCCUCGCCUCCACGGCGCGGUCCCAGGAGGAGUCAGAGUCUCCCGUCUCAGCGCCCCCCGCCCCCGCCCCAGCCCCAGCCGCCGACUCCGAAUCCGCUCUUGCUCCCAUCUCCCAACAUCCCUCCUCCGAACACGCCGCGCUGUCCCCUCCUACUCCGCCCGAGACCUCCCCCUUCCCGUCCCCCUUCGACUCGCCGGCGCAGGCACCGUCCCAGCUCCCGCCCACCCACCUGCAUUCUACGACGCCAGCGCCCGCGCCCGCGCCCGCCGCGGAGAAGGAAGCUGACGACGACAAGGAGAAGGAGAAGGAGGAGCACAAGUCCCCGGCGCCUGCUCCGGCCGCCGAGCAGAUGAAGGUCGCGAGCGCCGGUGGCGAGCAGGCCGGGGACGGAGAGCCGGAGAGCCACGAGGAGAUGAACGGCGGCAAGAAGGCCGGCGUGGUGGUCGGCGCGUUCACGGCGGCCGCUGUGGUCGGGCUGGGCGCCUUCGUGUGGAAGAAGCGGCGGGCCAACAUCCGCCGCGCCAGGUACGCCGACUACGCCGCGCGCCUGGAGCUCGUCUGAUAGACCGACCAUCCACCGCCACUUCACGGUGGAUCGGAUGGAAGAUACUUGCAUACUACUCCUACUAGACUGAGAUACAUCCAUUGCUGUGCCCGUGUUCUUGAUCGGUCUGAUAGAUUAUGAUUUUGUUCAUUAUUUCUUCUUCCUUCUGUAAUUGAUUAUACUCUUUGGUGAUGACGAGAGAGAGGAAUAAGGACGAUACACUGAUCACUGAUACGAGGACUAUACAUUUUUGUACACAUACCGCAAUGUGUUCUUCUUCUUGGAAUCAUUGUUGCUCCUA